AUUCGAAACAGCAUAGUUACAGAGCUUAUGUGGCUAUUUCUGACCGCAGGUUAAUCCUAGCUGUAGGCUUUCUUGCCGGCCUUUUAUUGAUGGGUCCAUAAAGCUGCGAAGAAAGGCGAAGAAAUAGCUGCAGGGGUACCCAACCCAGUAUCACGCGUCAGCAAUUCACAAGCUAUUACGUUGACUUCGGCUAUUUUCGUCUUUCUACCUGUUGCAUGGGUGAUUACUAUUAUAGGGAGCUCUAGCUCAUAAUACUGAGAUGAGUUCAUUGCUGGAGUUAGAUUGCUAAGCUGGUAGUAGAUUUCUAUCUGAAAUUUAUAGCACAGCUGAGGGAAGGCAUGGCGAAGAGACAAACCUCGAUGGAUCCCACAACGAGCAGCCUUACAGCAUCUGCGGCGACUACGAGUGUCCGUCUUUCGAGGAAGCCGUCCUUACUUCGUCGAGUAGAACUGGACGAUGUUGUCACAGUAACGCCAAUAAUAGUACCGGCCGAAGGAGAGGUGAUUGCAGUGGAGGUGCUGUCGACGCUGAACCGAUGGGCUAUGAUCGAAGAUACCACCGGACAUAUAAGUGACUUGGUGGAAGGUGAUAUUGUCGCGGCUGUUCUCGCAAAGCGACGUUCCUUUCAGGUCUUCAACUGUGAUAUUCCCUCCAGACUUUCCCCCGGGGAUACUCUGUCCUAUGUGAGCAAGAGCGGAAUAGUGGGGGUGGUUGAGGCCUCCCUUAACGAUACAGAGAUACCGGUUCAAGUCCGAGUACUCGGUAGUAUACUGAAAGCAGGGGCUCCUGUUAACAUUAAACAUUCGGCGAUCCCCAGAUGCCAAACCCUAAGCGAGUCGGCACCUAUAGUGGUAGUCGCCGGUACCGCAUCAAACACUGGAAAGACCACCACAGCCCGGAAUAUAAUCCAACAUCUCAAGUCGAGAGGACUCCGAGUAGCCGGCGCCAAAUUAUCUGGAGUCGCCCUCUGGGGCGAAUUGCGUUGUUUGGCUGCCACAGGGGCUGAUUUAGUUCUGGGUUUCGCUGAUGGUGGUUUACCCACCACUUGCGGUAACCCAACUGAGGUAGUUGAGGUGUCGCUGGGCAUCCUACGUGAGCUCAACAAAAUUAAUCCUGAUGUUAUUGUUGUCGAGUUCGGGUCGUGUCUCCUUGGAUUUUACAACAUCAUGACCGUUUUGGAUUCACCGCAGUUCCGGCAGCAUGUAGCCUCCCUCGUUCUUACGGCGAGUGACACUGUUGCGGCUUGGGGUCUGAAACGUCUGAUGGAAGAGCACAAGAUUGAUAUUACUCUGGUUACAGGCCCUGUGGUAAACAACAUAACCUAUGUGGGUUACAUCGAGAGGGAACUGGACUUGUCGGCUGAGAGCAACACAGGUCCCAUGCCGAAGACGUUCCAGCUGAUAGAUGCGAGGCUCAAUGAAAUUGGGAGCGAGACGGCAAAAACAGAAAUGGCGUUUUUGUAGUAGCAUAUUAUCAGUAGUUAAUCUAGUUCUUCUUGC